AUGGCCUUGUGGAGAACUUUAUCGAUCCCUAUUGCUUCACCGCUUGGCCUUAUUCUCUCAUUCCUCUUCAUCCACUUCGCCGUCACAACCAACGUCGCCAUCCGUGUCAAAACCAUCAUCCACAACCCUUCUUCAGGGAACCUUCCCGUUUUCAAGGAAGCGCCGGCUUUCCGCAAUGGCGAUUCAUGUGGAUCCAACAAGUCUGACCUGAUCCACAUUGCAAUGACCCUUGACGAAAACUAUCUCCGAGGAACAAUGGCGGCUGUUUUGUCCAUGUUGCAACACUCAACUUGCCCGGAGAACUUGUACUUCCAUUUCCUUUGCACUCACUCCCACGUCGAGCUCGUUUCCAGCAUCCAAUCUACCUUCCCUUACCUGAAUUUCAAAAUCUAUCGUUUCGAUUCGAACCGAGUUCGCGGGAAGAUAUCAAGGUCGAUACGACAUGCUUUGGAUCAGCCAUUGAACUACGCAAGGAUUUAUCUGGCCGAUAUAUUGCCGGCGGAUGUGACAAGGGUUCUUUAUUUGGACUCGGACCUCGUCGUGUUCGACGAUGUCAAGAAGCUUUGGGACGUGGACAUGGAAGACAAGGUUUUAGCAGCACCAGAAUAUUGCCAAGCAAACUUCACCGUCUAUUUCAACCAUGCUUUCUGGUCGGACCAGAAGCUGUCGAAAACGUUCCAAGGGAGGAACCCAUGUUAUUUUAAUACCGGAGUUAUGGUCGUGGAUGUUGAUAAAUGGAGAAGAGGAUGGUAUACGAAGAAAGUUGAGGAAUGGAUGACGUUUCAAAAGAAGAAAAGGAUAUAUCAUUUGGGUUCUUUGCCACCAUUUUUGCUGGUUUUGGCAGGGAAUAUUAAGCCAGUGGAUCAUAGGUGGAACCAGCAUGGAUUGGGUGGCGAUAACUUUGAAGGAAAAUGCAGGAAUAUUCACCCUGGUCCCGUUAGCCUUCUCCAUUGGAGUGGGAAAGGGAAGCCAUGGUUGAGGCUUGAUUCCAGUAAACCUUGCGUCGUUGAUUAUUUGUGGGGCUCCUUAUGAUCUUUAUCGUUCUUCAAGACAUCUUUUAGAAGAAUAAUAACAUCAUUUCCUUUUUGAAAAAAAAAAGAAACAAAGAGCAGAUUCAAAUGAUUUGAGAGAAAACAAAAGGCAAAGGAUAUAAUGGAGAGAAGAA